GGGGCGCGCGCUCUCUUGCCCAGGAGUCGGCGGCGCGCCCCCCGUAGUGGCGGCAGAAGCCUAGGACGAUAGCCCGCGAGCCGCGGGGCCGCUUCGACUUCCCCGCAGGGUGCUCCCGCCGAGCCCAGCGCCGCUGCGUGGUCUGUGCUGAAGGCGAGGACCUCGGGCAGCUGGCGCGCGGGCCCCGGCUCUGUCACCUCCGGAGGCUGCGGGCAGAACCCGAUCUCGCUGAGAGGCUGCGUUUGGGGGCGUGUGGUGGAGAGCCCCGGAUGUUUUCCGGGCUUGUGCUGCCCAGCUGGGUUUCUGGCAGCAGCCUUGCCAACACAGUCUGUCCUGAAGCCGGAGUGGGUCGACCGCUUGAUCUGGCUGAGCCGGUGACGGCUGGCUCCGAACCGGCCCCGGGCGCAGCGUUCCUGAGACCACCGCCCUCUUCCGCCCUCCUGUAGCUUAGUUGGGGUUCAGAUUUGGGGGCUGAAGCUCCCAGGCUUCCCCCGCCGCCGUGGCCCAGAUGUCACCUCUGGGGCAGCCGGGAGUGUACCCCGAGUUCCACGCGCAGCUUUUCCCCGGAACCUCACCUGCUGCGGUGGAGAUAAGUCCGAGAAGAUGGCGAAGUUCCUGACGCCCGUGAUCCAGGACAACCCGUCCGGCUGGGGCCCCUGCGCCGUCCCCGAGCAGUUUCGGGACAUGCCCUACCAGCCCUUCAGCAAGGGCGACCGGCUCGGGAAGGUUGCGGACUGGACAGGGGCCACGUACCAAGACAAGCGGUACACAAAUAAGUACUCCUCUCAGUUUGGAGGCGGAAGUCAGUACGCCUACUUCCACGAGGAGGAUGAGACGAGCUUCCAGCUGGUGGACACGGCGCGCACGCAGAAGACUGCCUACCAGCGGAACCGGAUGCGCUUCGCACAGCGGAACCUCCGCCGAGACAAGGACCGACGGAACAUGCUGCAGUUCAACCUGCAGACCCUGCCCAAGAGUGCCAAGCAGAAAGAGAGGGAACGCAUUCGGCUGCAGAAAAAAUUCCAGAAGCAAUUUGGAGUGAGGCAGAAGUGGGACCAGAAGUCACAGAAGCCGCGGGACUCCUCGGUGGAGGUGCGCAGCGACUGGGAGGUGAAGGAGGAGAUGGACUUCCCUCAGCUGCUGAAGAUGCGCUACCUGGAGGUGUCCGAGCCUCAGGACAUCGAGUGCUGCGGGGCCCUGGAAUAUUACGACAAGGCCUUCGACCGCAUCACCACGCGGAGCGAGAAGCCACUGCGCAGCAUCAAGCGCAUCUUCCACACGGUCACCACCACGGACGACCCCGUGAUCCGCAAGCUGGCUAAGACCCAGGGGAACGUGUUCGCCACUGACGCCAUCCUGGCCACGCUGAUGAGCUGCACGCGCUCCGUGUACUCCUGGGACAUCGUGGUCCAGAGAGUCGGGUCCAAGCUCUUCUUCGACAAGCGGGACAACUCUGACUUUGACCUGCUGACCGUGAGCGAGACAGCCAAUGAGCCCCCGCAGGAUGAAGGCAACUCCUUCAACUCGCCCCGCAACCUGGCCAUGGAAGCGACAUACAUCAACCACAACUUCUCCCAGCAGUGCCUGAGAAUGGGGAAGGAGCGGUACAACUUCCCCAACCCAAACCCGUUCGUGGAGGACGACAUGGACAAGAACGAGAUCGCCUCCGUUGCGUACCGCUACCGCAGGUGGAAGCUGGGGGACGACAUUGACCUCAUCGUGCGCUGUGAGCACGACGGGGUCAUGACCGGAGCCAACGGGGAAGUGUCCUUCAUCAACAUCAAGACCCUCAACGAGUGGGAUUCCAGGCACUGCAACGGCGUGGACUGGCGGCAGAAGCUGGACUCCCAGCGUGGGGCCGUCAUCGCCACGGAGCUGAAGAACAACAGCUACAAGCUGGCGCGCUGGACCUGCUGCGCGCUGCUGGCCGGGUCCGAGUACCUCAAGCUGGGGUACGUGUCCCGCUACCACGUGAAGGACUCCUCGCGCCACGUGAUCCUGGGCACGCAGCAGUUCAAGCCCAACGAGUUCGCCAGCCAGAUCAACCUGAGCGUGGAGAACGCCUGGGGCAUCCUGCGCUGCGUCAUCGACAUCUGCAUGAAGCUGGAGGAGGGCAAGUACCUGAUCCUCAAGGACCCCAACAAGCAGGUCAUCCGCGUCUACAGCCUGCCCGACGGCACCUUCAGCUCCGACGAGGACGACGACGACGAGGAGGAGGAGGAGGAAGAGGAGGAGGAGGAAGAAACUUGAGCAGACAGUGACGCUGGCCUUGAGUGAUCCCCCAGCCUGACCGGCCUUCGGUGCUGAGCUGGGACUCCUGCUCCGGUGGUGCACGGCUGGGAAGGGCCUAAUAAAGGAUGAGUGUCUUCA